CAGCUCCCUCUCCCUCUCUCUCUGUACUAUUGAAAUUUUGCUUGGUCUGCUUUCAUUGGACCAACCCUUUUGUUUUCAACCCCUCUGAGAGUCUCCUCCUUUUACCCUUCUCUCCAAAAGUGUCACUCCUUUCUUAUCGCUACUCAAUAUUCACACAUAGUUCACAAACACUCAGUGGUACAGUAGAGAGAGAGUACAUAAAUGGGUUGCUUUCUUUGUUCUGGAAAAUCAAAGAAGAAAGCAAACAAGGGACGAGGCAAGAAGUCUGAUGAUCAGAUCCCGUCAAAUAUAGAAAAGCUGAAGGCAAAUCCCUCAUUUGACUUAAAGAAGGAAGCUUUUAAAGAUGGAGGGUCUGGGCAUAUUGCUGCACACACGUUUACCUUUCGUGAAUUGGCUAUGGCUACUAAGAAUUUUAGGGCGGAUUGUCUUUUGGGUGAAGGUGGACUUGGAAGAGUUUAUAAAGGGAGAUCAGAGAGCACUAGUCAGUUUGGAGUUGUUCUUUUGGAGAUAAUCACCGGAAGAAGGGCUAUUGGUAAUUCAAGAGCUGCUGGGGAGCAUAAUCUCGUUGCAUGGGCUCGCCCGUUGUUCAAAGACCGCAGAAAGUUCUCUCAGAUGGCGGACCCCACGCUCCAAGGCCAAUACCCAGCCCGCGGUCUCUAUCAGGCUCUUGCUGUGGCUGCAAUGUGUGUGCAAGAACAGCCCAACAUGCGGCCUUUGAUUGCUGAUGUUGUCACCGCCCUAACUUAUCUUGCUUCCCAGAAACAAGCCCAACAGCAGGCCCAAUCUUCCACUCCAAGAAUUCGGAGGGAGCUAAGUGGCAUUCUUGAGGAUGUUUUUCGUUCUUGUCUUAAACGGGACAGCACGAGUUUAGCGAUGAUCGUGAGAAUUGUCUAA